AUGGUAUCCCUUACCUCCGGACCUAUCGCGGCCUUGUCGCUCAUCUUCUUCCUCUUGUCUCUUGCACCGCCCUCUCUUGCCUCUUGGCCUCUGGCAGCGCGACACGACGACGACGGCCACGACCACGACCACGACCACGACCAUAGCCACAGCGGAGACCACGACCACAGCAGGGGCGGCCACAACAGCACAGACGACCAAGGCAUUGGCCACGGCCACAACAGCACAGACCACGACCACAGCAGUAGCGGCCACAACAGCACAGACAACCAAGGCGCUGGCCACGAGCACAGCAUGCCCCACGGCGCCUUCAACUUUACGCCCUCCGGAAUCCCCUGGCCCACAUGUCCGCGCGAGUGCUGCAACCAGUUCUUCGUGUUCUUCCCGGAACCCGUCAACCACCCACUCUGCGUGAGCGAGGAGUUUUACCACAAUGUCACGCAAUGCGUCGCGGAGACUUGCACGCCGUAUGAGCAGGGCGCGUAUGCGGUUGUUGCGGAGAUCGAGUGUCCUGCGGAUGACAGCUAUGCUGGUGAAGAGGUAAGGGCGUUGUUGAAGGGUUUUGGGGGCGACCCGCAGGUUUGCGAGGGGGUGGAGAAUCGGACGAUUGUUUGUGAGAAUGAGACGGUGACUGUGACGGGAGAGGAGGCGGCGGAGCCGACGGCGACGGGCAUGGCGGCGCGGGUGGGGUUAGAGCGAGUUGGGACGCUCGGUUUGGGGGUGGUUUUUCUGGGUGCUUUCGGGCUGUUUCUGUAG